UCUUCGCUGUCAUCGUCCAUUCCCGAUCCAUCACGGAUUGCUCCGCAGUUUUGUAAAGUUUUUCGAUUCUGUCCGAUGUGCAGAAGCCGUCGUAAUCAACGAAAUAAUUAUUUUCUGAAAAUAACCAUUCAGUUGCGAAUCGUGUCCAAUAAUCGGUGCUAAUCGGGAGUGUACAGUUUUUUUACGAACGAAAACUUGCGGCCAGCUAACAAAAGCAACAGUGAUAAUGAGUGACAUCGAGGCGAAUUUUUUUGUUCGAUCCUUCAUACGCUUCCUAAAUAGCCAGCUGGAGCAGCCGAACUUUAGUUCCGACUCCCGGGAAAGUCUCGAGGUUGCGAUCCAGUGUCUGGAGAAUGUGUACGAAAUUUCACCGGAGGAGGGUGGCGGUGAGAAUGGGAGCAGCCAGGAGAAUCCGCUUAAUCACAUUGAUCUGUUUGAGGUGUACCGAGGUGCGUUCACGAAUGUCAGCCCGGAACGUAAGCAGGAAGCGGAGAAUUUAAAGAACGAGGGUAAUCGGUUGAUGAAGGAAGAAAAGUACCAGGAAGCGCUUAAUCUUUAUGGAAGAGCCAUCACUCUGGAUGCCACCAACCCGGUGUUCUACUGCAACCGUGCAGCAGCGUACAGCCGUAUGGGAGAUUAUCAGCGAGCUGCGGACGAUUGUCGGAUGUCGCUGCGAUAUGAUCCGAACUAUAGCAAAGCUUAUGGCCGGCUGGGGCUUGCCUAUUCGAAAAUGAACUUGCACGAUCAAGCACUGGAAGCGUAUCAGAAUGCCCUUCGGAUCGAGCCGGAUAAUCAAGACUAUAAAAAUAAUAUGAGUGUUACACAGCAACGGCUGGAAGAGCUACGAUCAGCUCCAGGUUCUGCGGUACGUCCCGAGCUAGGGUCUCUUCCAAAUGCUGCAGCUCCCGGUGGGCUACCCGAUUUCAACUUUGCCGCCGUCCUUAACAAUCCUGCACUGGUUAGUAUGGCCACCCGAAUGAUGCAUGAUCCGGCAAUUCAGAAUAUGUUGGGCCAACUGAGUGGCAUGAACAAUGUAGAUGCAUUGCUGGAAACCGGCCGACAGAUGGCCAUGCAGAUGAACAGCCAGAAUCCGGACAUGUUCGCGAAUGUGCUCCGACAGAUGGAGCAGAAUGGGCAGUUUCCCCCACCUGGUGGAGCUCCCGAGGGAGAAGGAAAUAAUCAAAAUAAUGGCGAUAAUAGCGAUAACCAGAAGCCGCCUCCAGCGAGUUCAUAAGCAUUUUUGUUCAGGUCAGACGAAGCCGACUGGGAAUUGAUUGCAUCAUCCCCUCGCGGGUUGUUCGGAAAUAUUUUAGUGUAAUUUCUCCUGAAUGAGUUUUUUAAUGAGGGGAAGCAAGCAAGAUUCGAUUCCAACCCUGGAAAUAGAAACAAAAACUUGCAUGGAUUGGAUAGAAUUUUUCCGCGCUCAUCAACUUUUCGACUAUACCUAUAACCCUUAACCAGCAAACAAUGUUGAUGAGUGAUGUAUUGUUUGUUUUAGUUCUUCUAGAGGAUUCAAUAAAUCUUUAACCUAGGUGCAAAAAAGCCAAAAUAAAUUCAA